AUGGAGUGGAGAAAAUACUAUUUAGAUGUGAUAUUGGUGCCAUUAGGGUUAGUGAUGAUUGUAGCAUAUCAUGUUUGGUUAUGGCAUAAGACUCAGACACAGCCCUUCACCACAACCUUUGGAAGAGAAGCUGAUAGUCGCAGAUCAUGGGUUCUUGUCAUGAUCAAGGAAAUUGACAAAAAGAAUGUGGUAGCGAUCCAAUCUCUUCGAAACUGGAUAAUGGCAUCAACCCUAAUGGCGACAUCAGCCAUUCUGAUAUGUGCUGGGCUUGGAGCAGUGAUAAGCAGCACUUACAGUGCUAAACAUGCAAUUGAGUCCACCAUUUUUGGAGCAGACGGGGAAUUAAUGGUGGGUCUGAAAUAUGGCAUUCUCCUUGCUGCAUUCUUAUUUUCAUUUUUCUGUCACACUUCCUGCAUAGGGUUUCUCAAUCAAAUCAAUAUUCUUAUUUGCUCUCCAGAAGAUCACAAGUCCUUAGUCAGUCCACAGUAUUUAACUCAGAUUUUCGAUAAAGCCAUUUUCUUGAACACACUGGGAAACAGGAUUUUCUAUUCUGCACUUUCUUUCUUGCUUUGGAUCUUUGGACCUGUGCCAACUUUCCUCUCUUCAAUAGCCAUGCUAGUUCUGCUCUACAAUCUGGAUUUUCAUUCUGUGCCAAAUGGUUUUAUUCAUGAAAAUCAGAACACUUGUACAAAUUUUAUCAGUGUCUCAGUUUAA